AUGAUACAACGGGUGAUAUACGGCUCUUUGAGACGUGAGAUUUGGCAUACGUAUACACCCAGGUAUAUCAGACACAUAUCUAACACCAAUUUUCUCAGAAGCAAACUCCCUCCACCAGAAUUUGUUCUUCCUCAAUUCAACUUUCCGGCUGCAACUCAUUCGAUUCAAGCUAUUACUAGCAACUUGGAUUCAUAUCUAGACAACAAGGAUGUCAUAGUCUUGCAUGGACACCUCAAUAGAACACCUAGGAUUCGUUCCAAGAUCAGCUUCGCUGAAUUGCGAGACGUAAGUGGAGAUACUGUUCAGCUCAUCUUGAUGCCAGAUCGGACCCCUCCAGAAUAUUUCGACAUAUUAAGCAAGACAUCUACAGAAGAUUCAAUAUGUGUCAGUGGCACAGUUCAAUUGAAAAAGCUUGUUGCAGGUGAACUGCGCAAGUGGGAACUCGUGAUAACUAGCAUUCAACUUCUUAAUCUGGCCAAUGAAGAGGCAGCACGUUUAGACAAACUCAAGCAUUCAGAUCCGAACAAAUUGCCUCCUCAUUAUAGAUUUCUCCAGCUUCGUACCAAAGAGCUUCAAAAAAAUCUACGUACAAGGUCCAAAAUGGCAGCUGUUGUUAGACAUGUCUUAGGAGAGAAGCACAAUUUUACCGAAAUUGAAACCCCAUUGCUUUUCAAGUCUACACCAGAGGGAGCCCGGGAAUUCUUGGUUCCUACCAGGAGCCCAAACAAGUUCUACGCUUUACCUCAAUCUCCCCAACAGUAUAAGCAAAUUUUGAUGAGUUCGGGCUUCACAAGAUAUUAUCAACUCGCCAAAUGCUUUCGUGACGAGGACUUGAGAGCCGAUAGACAGCCGGAAUUUACCCAAGUGGAUCUCGAAAUGAGCUUUAUAAGUCACUCUGACCAGGUCUUGUGCGUGGUAGAAGACGUCAUUUAUGGCAUUUGCAACAAUGUUGCCUCGAAGCCUGUUUACACAUUAAACGAGGACGGUUACAUUAUCGAGGCUCAAAAGAAUGGCACAAGUCCUUCCUUCUACAAAUUAUCCUAUAAAAGUGCAUUAGAAAAGUACGGCAUUGAUAAGCCAGACUUGAGAUCAUCUUUGCAGUUCGUGAAUCUUUCAUCAUAUUUCAAGCCUGUUAACUGUCCCGAUGAGUUUAAUAUUAUAGAGGCUUGCAUUUUGAAAGGUGCUUUGGCAAAAUGUGCACAUUGUGAUAUUCCAGACUCUUUGACGAAUCCAGACAACUAUUCUCGCAGAGCUCCUUCAAUAAUCCCAAUAACAAAUUCAUCUGCAACAACCUGGUUUGAAACCCUCACUAAAGAUGGUGUCAUGGUCCCAGUUGACUCUUUUGACCCUCAAAAGUUGAAUGAGCUGCUCGGCCUCGAAGAAGGUGACAUAAUAGCUAUAAGCAACCGAAGUGAACAUCCUUAUGAAAAUCCAACGCCUUUAGGUAGGUUCAGAAAUCUCGCCAUGGCUGAGUAUCCCGAUAAAUGGAAAAGAAAGCUUAUUGACAGUUCUGGAAAUACUUCUGUACCGCCUUCAGACGCUUUUGUUUCCUGUUGGGUUCAUGACUUUCCCUUAUUCAGCCCAAGCGAAGAAAACAGUGGCAGUAAUGAUCUUUAUCCAAAAUACAAUUGGGACCAUCGAGAGUCGACUCACCAUCCAUUUACUAUGGUGAAGUCGGAGGAUUAUUCACUUUUGGAAUCUGACCCAUACUUGGCACAUGGUGAACACUACGACCUUGUCAUAAAUGGCGUUGAAGUCGGCGGUGGAUCUAGAAGAAUUCACAACCCAUUGGUGCAACAGUACGUUUUGGAGGAAGUUCUCAAGAUUAAAAAUUAUAACAGCUUAUUUGGCCAUUUGUUAGAAGCAUUAUCUUUUGGAUGUCCUCCACAUGCUGGAUUGGCAUUAGGUUUUGAUAGACUAUGUGCUAUGGUUGUUGGAACUCAAUCCAUAAGAGACGUUAUUGCUUUCCCCAAAAACCAAUCUGGUGUGGAUCCAGUGGUUUCUAGUCCUUCAAAUGUGGAUUCUGAGACAUUGGCAGACUACUAUAUCCAAACUAUAGAUUGA